CUUUUAUACAAGGAAUUCCUGAUCCAUGGAAAACUAGAACACUUCAUCGAAGCCAGUCCAGUAAAUAUUCUCGAUUGCGAUUUUCUCGCACCAAAAAUAUUUGUUCUACACGAUUUGCGUGCGUGUACGAUGGAGACGACGAGGCAGAAAUAGAACGCGGUGUCCCGUGUCAAUUUAAUAAAGAUCAUAUUGAUGAUAAAAAAGAUCCUCCUCAAGAAGGACACCAAGAAUCAAAUUAUUCGCUAAUUGAGAGAACAUUCAAAGACAAUUUGGAGGAAGUUCGGAAAAAAGAAAAAAGAUACACUAGUCAGUUAUCCUUUAAGAAAAACUCGAAAUUAUCGAAUCGGAGGAAACCUACAGAAAAAGUGAAACAUGACCAAUGUACUGAGACUGUUGUAGAAAAAACUCGUCCUAAGUCUCAAGAAAUUAUUUCUAAUAAAAAUCUUAAUAAGCAUACUCGUUCUAAAUACACACAUCACAAAAAGGAUCAAUUGGAGGAUAAAAAGCAAUUUGCAUCAAAGAAUGAUUUAGAAAAUGGAACAAUUACUAAAAAGGAAGGCCAAACUACUUCUGAAAAAGCAGCCGAUGGAAUUGCACAAACUAAUAUAAUUCUAAAAGAUAAAAUUGGUGAAGUACAAGAAUCUUUUCCCAGAAAACACAUAGAGGUAAAUACCCAAAUGUAUCCUAAUAAUAUUGCCUGUUGCAAUUGUAUACUACAUAGUUAUAUCCUUUCAAGUAUACAUUGUUUUCGUAAUUGUACGAGUCCAUUGAAAGAUGUGAACUUGUCAAAUAGCGUACUGUGUCAAGAAUGCGAAAAUAUUUAUUGUAAACGGAAACCAGAGAAAUUAAUUUCUCCGAAAAAAAAGUUAGAGUUUUGUACACCAGACCCGAAAAGGCACGCAAAACAUAAACAACGAGUAUAUAUGAAGCGAGAAAAAAAUUACGAAUGGACGAAGCAGAUGUUGUGCACUUGUAUGCAGAAGGUGAGGAAACAAUUUGGGGAACAAAACAGACUAGACCAUUGCAUACAAACAAAGGACGCGAUCUUCCCUAAGCAAGAACUAAAACUGAUGUGUUAUUAUUGUAAUAGCCCUGAUCUGAAAAUUGAGAAAAUCUCUGUAAACACGUCUGGUCGAAAUACGCGUUCGUGUAUCUGUAAAAAAGAUUCGAUCAGACCGAGGAACGAACAAAAUAAGAUCAGGGACUGCGUUACGAAAUAUUCAAUUACAAAAAGUCGAAGGAAUUUUAUUCCAGGUUCUAAGAAGCGUAGUUAUACGUGCAUUGGAAACAAAAGGCAUGUUUCUAAGUGUGACCUUGACUGGGCGUCACCAUCGAUGACUGCUAAAUGGGGACAUAAUAUGGCAAAAAAGCAUGAUUGUGAAUUCUCGAAGAAAAAUGGUUGUCAUGAUAAAAUAUUAAAAGUAGAAACCGAAAGAACUAGGAUUGACAAAGAAACGAAGAGGAACGAAAGUACUCAGACGUUUGGCAAUAUUGUAACAGUUAUUUGUAGAUAGAAACGGGAAAGGAUAUAAAAAAGAAGCAUCAGAAGAUUGCUUUUGCAAUGUUAUAAAUAAAAAUAAAGAAACGGAUAAACAGAUUAAUAUUAUGACUGAUGAGUAUGAAGAAAUCGAAGCUGCAGAAUU